AUGGACUAUUUGGGCUAUAUGGGAGGAAAGGACUAUCUGAACCUUGCCAGUGAAGUUUGGCUGUCGACAGAAAUAAGACCCACGCCAUCAGAUAUUACCCAGGAACUUCAACAAGCGGUUCAAGCGCUGCCUUCGCGGUCAUUGACUGACGCCCUAGUUCAAAACUUCCUCAGCGUGGUGAACUACAACUACAACGCAAUCUAUCCUCCUACCUUUCUGGAAGGAUACACAAACUGGUGGGCCGAUAGGGCAGCGAAAAGGCCUUUGUCACCAGAGUAUACAUGUCUUCUACUGAGAUCAUGCGCUUUGUCUACGCAAGCCAUGCCAUCGAAGCUUCGCAACACGCUCGAGUUCGAACUAGCAGAGGAUCCGACGACGCUACCAGAUCGUUUCCACCAGGCAGCGGAAUUACUCAGUAGCAACUUCUCGCCAGGUGAGAAAGGCCUCAUCCAGAUACAACAGCUGUUCCUGGUCGUGUGCUGGUUCAAGAAUGCUGGACGUUUCAUCGACUCGUGGCACGCCAUGGCCAAGUGCGUGCGCGAAGCUCAGGAGAUGAAAUUGCAUCUGGACGACAGCAUGAUGGAGAUGAGUGAGUACGAACGGGAAAUGCGACGUCGCAUGAUGACUAUCAUCUUUGUCUGGGACUGGCUGAUGUCUCGUUGGCUUUCACGUCCAUUGCUGGUGGACCCUGUCAGCUGUACUUUCAGAGAUCCCACGUUGCAGCUCGAGUCGGACCCAGAAAACCCAGGUGUCCCAUCACCAUUCACGAACCUCACUCUUCAAUCGAAGCUCAUUCGGUCCGUAUCAGACUCGCUCUCUCGCGCACAACGAGAUCCUUCCGAGGCCAACGUCAAAGAUUUGUGCGCCCGAGUGGACAGAUGGCACGCGGACUUGCCGCCAGCGUGGCGACGUGAUAACCCAGAUACAACAUUUGACGUUCGAUACCCUUACCUGAAAUGGCAGCGGAUAUUAUUGCAUGGCACAGUCGCCAUGGUUGAAAUGGUUCCAACGAAACCGUAUCUGACAGGCAGUGCAUCAUCCCAAAGCCGGGCGACGCAACAAUACUUCCGGUCCUUUGCAGUGGAACGCGCUCUCACAAGUCUUCGAGAAGCUGAGAAGGCAUACGAGCUAAUGAAAGACCUUGACCCGAGGCACUUCUACAUCAACUUCGUCCUUUUCGAUACACUGACGAUUCUCUGCUCGGGCAUGAUUCAUGAUGACAACAAGGAUCUUCCGCACCGUUCAGCGGUGCUGGAUGCCAUUGAGACAGCGAUGCGGCCACUGAAAGAGAUCUCUCUAUGCUCAGCUCCAGGCGCUACAUCGUAUCAGUUUGUGCUGAGGCUUGCUCAAUGCAUGCCCUUGACACCGGAAGAGCAAGUCCGGUGGCCUUUUCACCAUGCCAACAAAGCCAAGCGUUCGAGAAGAGAGCGCUCACCGCAGCCAAUGUCGACGACGAAGAGCUCUGUUGAAGCUGAAGAGGGCUCACCUUCGACACUGCAUUCGACCGGAUCCGGAGCGGGCUCUGGAUCUGGCUCCGGCAGUGAUCAGAACUCACCACCAGUGCAAGUGCCCAGCCUGGAAGAUUUCCAAGAGAUCGAUUUUGGAGGCAUCGAAGAGUUGUGGGAUUGGAAUGCUCUCAACAUAGAGAACCUAGAUCCUGGAUCUGCUGAGGAGAUCAACUUUACUGGAUUUGGUGGCUCGACGUCGAAUUGA